AUGCAAGGAAAGCUAGGUUAUGACGAAAAAAAUAAACUGAGAAGAGGAAUCUAGAUAGUAUCAGUAUACCUUGAAGCUCUGUGCGAAACGCUUAGUUGGAUUACUGACAAUCAAUAAACGUAACCUCACACGAAAUCUUUGUGUUAAAAAAAAAAAAGAUUAAUCAAAGAUGGCUUCUGUCCAAAAUUUGCUCCUUUUGCUUGUGGUGAUUUUUGCGACUCUAAACUCGGCUUAUUCAAGACCAGCUGAUACGGAGGCCACUUCAGCAGCUACUCCAGCUGAUACCGCAGGAAGUUCAUCUACUCCAGCAGAUGCUUCAGAUUCUAAAACAGAUGAUUCGACAAAAGCAAAUGAUUCAUCUAAGGCAGAUGAUUCAGCUACUACUCCUACAGUUAGCUCAGUUACUACUGUAGCUUCAUCAUCGAGUGACGGAGGUUCUUCAUCUAGCAACGCAGAUUCUACAGCAAGCUCCUCAGAUGAUUCAGCUACUACGGCAUUUCAAAAAGAGAUAAGAGACUGUGGCGUCAUCGUAUUAGCCCACGAUAGCUUUUACCACCAUGACUGUUGCCAUUAGGCGAGGAUAAACUUUUGACGUUGCCACUCACACAAGUAUAUUUCCGAAGAGCGGAAGUCAAUUCUAUUUAUCUUACAGAAAGAUCCAAAGUACUCCACUCCAAUGGACUCACAGGGCAUGCCCAGUGCUGCAGGCUUGCUAGUGCAGCAGAGACCCUACUAUACAGCUACUAUUAUCCUUUUAAUCUUUUCGUAUAAUUGCUUUUUUUUGUGAAUAUAAUAUAUGGUUACAGACGAAAAAAUAUAGUAGUGUAUUAAAAUAAAUUUUGUUUGUUCACAGU